CAACGUCUCUUCGUUCUCGUUUUUCGUUUGUUUUUGAUUUCGGUGCUGCCUUCCAUCCGUCCCCUUCCGAUCGGUUUUCGCGGCUUAAACGCGGUUUAAACCGUAGCAAAAAGGAAGCGACCGAAGGACCGGAACAACGGAUGGAUCGCCGCGACGAACGGAAUCGUACAUACGUGGUAUUUGCGAUGGUAGCGAGCGACGAACGAACGACUGCUCGACGCUGAAAUUUCACAGCGUUCGACGAAAAGAAAUGGAAAGAUAUCGCAGCAGAGUCUUGCCUCGAGGCCUCGAGGCUGCGGAGGCACGUGCCGCGAGUUAAGCGCCGCUUAAUCGUUAACGCAAGGAGAAUUUAUAAUCUAUUAUUAGGAGAGCGGUCCUCGACUAUGCGCGUACUUACCGUUGCCGCGAUUUCAUUUCGCAGAGAUACGAGGAGCACGGUGCACCGUUCGCGCGGUUGUGCAACGCGCGUGUACGCAACGUAAUACGGAUAUAAUUGUUUGACCGACGCUGUUGUAUAAUACGAUACGACGCGACGUACGAACGCGAGUUCCAACGCGAAUCCAGUCGUCGCUGGAACGUCGUCGCUCGAACAUCACGGUUCGGGGAGCGUCGCGCUCUCGCGUUUUCGCGGUUCUCUCCCCUUUUAUUUCUUCCAUCGAUCUGCGGAAAUCGGAAGAGACCGCGACGAUCGUGUUCGACACGAUUCUUCCGUCGCGGAUCGAAAGCUCCGAUCGAUCGCUCCUCGAACGGUUCGCGACGAUCGACCGUGAAACACGGUCUCGUUCCCGGGAAUCGCGUUUUCAACGUUCCGCGAUGAUUCUUCGCAAGGUCGUUGAACGGCCCGCCAAUUUGCGCGGAUCGGCAUGACUGUGAAAUCGAUCGGUGAAAGAGUAACGAAUCGACGAUGCAGCCGGCGCGACUAUGCGCGAAUCGCGUAACGUGGAAAAAACCGAUAAAUCGUGAAACUGGAACGAUACAUAGGCGACCGACAACCACAGGUGCAUCGGUCGCGCGCGGAAGCGGCUAACCGGGCAGGCGAGGCGAGGCGAGGCGAGGCGCGGCAUCGAGACACUAGGCGCGGUAUCGCCUUAUCAUUGUCGCCAUUGUCGCAGCUGUAAUCGUAGUUGCGUGCACCGUAUAUAACGAACAUCGAAGCGACGUCGUACGGUCUUCGACGCCUUGAAAUUGAUCGUCGAACGUGUAAUUUUUGCAAAUGUGCAAACAGAAGCGGAUGGACGAAUUUUCGAGACAGUCCAUGUUCGUGGGAAAACAGAAAUGUCAUCGACGUUCACCCACCGCGAAGCGUUUCGAAAUUCGGUGCUCGUAGGUAAAUCGACCGACGACGUUGGAUCUUUGAACGGGUAGACGGGAGACGUUUCGAUCGAUACUAUCGGUCGAAAUCGCGUGAUCGCGCAUCGCGCGAUCGCGUCAUCGCGUCAUCGCGUCACCGCGUCACCGACGGACGCGCGAACGUUGCGACGUCGUGUCAGCAUUCUGCGUUUUUAUCGCGCGCAACGAUCGAUCCGAGCAGUGAACCGAAUCGAAUCGAACCGUACCGAACCGAACCGCGGGGAGCACGUCGGAAGAAAAUGGAAGAAAUGCGACACGCGUGGGCCUCUCUGAAAUCGGUUAGAAAAUUGUCGUCGUCACCGAAAGCGAACGCGAACGCGAACGCGAACACUGGGAACGGCAACAACAACUCGUCGACGUCGACGAUCUGGUACGACGCGCCGACGCCGGUGAUAAUUCACUGCCGCGAGUUUUCCAUCUCCGAUGGGAAUCGGGAGGUCGCAAAGGUGGUCGACGAGGAGCAACGGCCGUUCCGUGACCGGCGAGCCAUCCCGACGGAACAACCGUCGGGAGAUCGCGAGAAAGCAACCGACUGCCGAGACGAAAAACGGCACAAGACCACCGUGGAACUGACGGCGGUUGCAUCGGUGGAAACCGACGUGGACGGGGUGCCGACGAUCAGCUUCAGUUUCUUGCAAGCCGACGAGAAGCGUCCCGUCCUUGACUCGAAUGCGCCGGGGUCCGCAUCCUCGAGCAUGGCCGACGACAACGAUCAAACGAGUAUCGUCUCGACGUCGCAAUCUUAUCGGCUCUACGACUUUCCCCGGAAUUCGUACGUACGCGACGAAACCGAGAUCAAGACCGAGACCGAGACCGAGAACGAGAACGAGAACGAGAACGAGACCAAAAGCGAAACAACCAAAAUCAAAAUCGAAAUCGAAACCGAAACCGAAACCGUGAAGGUCGUAGAAAGUCGUCAGGACCUGGCAAAGACGACGAACGAUGGCAAUGAAAUUCACGGCACGAUUCGAAAAGAAUUCGACGAAAGAAAAGAUCCGGAGCUUAUAAAAGAGGCGGAGACUCGCGAGGAUUUGGUUGACCGAUCGAACGAUAUCGCCCCGGAGAAAGCGAACGGACGAGCGAUCGUGAGAAUCGGUUCGGUCGGCGAGAAGAACGGUCGAAGCGGUCGCAACGACCGCGCGAAGCGAUCGAUCGGAUCGUUCGAGUCGGGUCGAAAGAGCUACGGCACGGAGGAGGACGACGAGAACGAGGAGUACGUUGUCGGAAUCGCCUCCGUGUCUGGAUCCCACUCGGAUCCCGAGUGUUCGAACGACGCUCCGUCCAGCGCGUCCCGUCGAAUCCGGCGUUCAAAGUUGCAGAAGCACCGAUUGGGAAAAGCGUGGGACAAAAUGAGGAGUUGGCUGCGCGACGAAACCACCAGGUUCAACGAGGUGGUCAACAAGCACGCGAGAAUGCAAGCGGUCGGGGCCCUCGCCGCGGAGACCGAACAACCGGCGAACGUCCCUAAAGUUUCGAACGUCUCGAACGGCAAACGCGAGUCGGCGUCCUACGACUUGACCAGGGCGACGAUCGGGCACACGGGCUCCGUCACCAGGGUCGAGGAGUUCGGUUUCGUUUCCGUCUCCGUCUCCGCCCCCGCCUCCGCCACCGAGACAAUCGCUACUCGGCCGGUCGAAAUCAAAACCGAUAUCGAAGCCGAAACAGAAGCCGAAACAGAAGUCGAAACCGAAAUCGAAGCCGCCGGCCCGAGAAGAGUGCUCGGCAGCGCGAACGAUCCGAAUCCCUGCUGCGGCACGGAAAACGAGGAGGCGGACAACGCGAUCGCCGAGACCGCCGAGACCGCCGAGAUCAAGGAUCACGCUCGAAAAGUCGGCCUGAUUAAGAGAAGAAUGCUGGGCUCGAUCAGAGGGUUAAUGGCCUCUACUCAUCUGCUUCACGUUCACGAGGCCGAAGAGGGAGGGCAAGGCGGUUUCGAGGACGUUCGAAGGUACGUCAAGCAGGGCGGUGACUUUUGCAAGGAGUUGGCAGCUAUCCUACACGAAAGGGCGGAACUGGAAGCAACUUACGCCAAAGGACUCUCCAAGCUGAGCAACAAACUGACGAAAGCGUGCGCAAAGGAUCAAGGUGGGAACAGCAGCGGAGGCGUGAACGAGGCAUGGAGAUGCAUCGGCGAGGAAAUGGAGGCUGCCGCGGAAGCUCACAGGGUUUGGAGCGUCACGCUCAGCGAGCAGCUCGCGAAACCGAUCCGGGUGGGAGUAGCGGAAGCUCAGGGCCGUUCGAGGAAGUCGAUCGAGAACGCGGUCGACAAAGCUGGAAAAUCUCUUCACGAGUGGCGUAACAUCGCUGCGAAAAGCAAAAAGCAGAGUUUCGCUUGCGCGCGGGAAAACGAGAGGCUGCAGGACUUGGCGAGGCUGCAGUCGAUCGGUCAGAGCCAGCAGAGCAACAACAAAUCGUCGAGCCAUCACCAUCAUCACCAUAUGACCGAGAAGGAGGCGAGCAAGCUCGAGGCGAGGAGGAGAAAGGCCGAGGACUCGUCCCGUAGGGCGGACACGGAGUUCUACACGGUGAGCGUGAGAGCCGAGAGAGCCAGGCUCGAGCACGAGAGCACGGUGAGGAAAGGAGCCAAGCAGAUGGAACUCCUCGAGGAGGAGCGAUCGAGCGCGCUCAAGGACCUCGCGAACGUUUACCUGGCGCACCUGCAGGCCCUCGCUCCUCGUUUGCAACAGAGCACGGACCGUUUGAUAGCGCCCGUGCGCAACUGCAACGUAUCCCACGACAUCGAGAUUCUGAAGAAUCUGAUACGAAGAGUCGAGAGCAACGACACCUGCAACUCCGAGCAACUUUUGCCCGAUUUUUACGCCGAGCAUGUCACCCUCGCGAUGAACAGGGAGCGUCGGAAACAGUCGCUGGUCAGAGUUCUCCAUUUGAUCAGGCAGGACUUGGAGCGAGAAAAACGCGGACGCGAGGGUCUGGAAACGCUUCACAGAGCUUUCGUCUCGACGCCCGCCUUCGCCGCCGACGAGAGCACGCAGAAUGUCACGGAAAAGUUGCAUCACAUGCGCUCUAUGCUGUUGUACUUGGAGGCAGCGAGGUACAAAGUUGGAGGAACUCUGGCAGAAAUGGAAGGCAGCAAACGAGCCAAGCAUCCCUUGGCGGAACAUAUAUUGGUUUCGAGAGACAAACAAGGAUUACAGCAGAGCGUCCUUAAGGUUCCUUCUUGGGCGAAGAACGAAUCGUUCGAGUUUCAAGACGACCAAGACGACCAAGACGAAAUGGAUGUUCGUCUAGCGAAGGAUCACGAGACCGAGAGCCGCGAUUGGGCCGAUCGAACGGCCGGCGACGGCAACUCUGAGAAUCCGCCCGACGAGGACGACUUCAGCGACUUCGACGAGUUCAGCAGCCAUUCCGAGGACAAUAACAAUCAAGAUAUCGACGGUGCCGGCGAGACUGAGACUACCGGAAAGCCCAUGGAGGACGCCGCCACGGCGGAACGGUGCAGGGCGAUCUAUCAGUACUCGGCGAAUUUGAACGACGAGCUCAGCUUGAGCCCCGGGGACUUGAUAACGGUGCACCAGAAGCAAUCGGACGGUUGGUGGAUAGGCGAAUGCAAAGGACGGACCGGCAUAUUUCCAGCCACUUACGUGCAAGUUAUUCAUUGAUCGGACAUCGGCGCGUUCGCGAGUCGGCCAUCUUUUAUCGGUACUUUUCUUGCAUUCGUCGCCCGUGCGGCCGACAACCGACAACCGACGACGCUACGCUGCCGAGAAAAAAAAAGAAAAAAAGAACUUUCUCCGCGUGUGCGAUCGAUCCAUCGAUCAAAGUCGAUCGAGAACCUACCAAAGCACGCUCGAACGUCUCGAGUAGCGAAGCCACGUUUCGUUCAACGUGGACCGGUCAACCCUCGACCGGUUAGAAUAACAUUUUUACUCGAAUCUAACAACGUAUGCGGUGUAUACGCUUCGACUAAUUUUAUACGAUUACGACACUACCGACUACUAAACCAAAUCGAUCACCCACAAAAGUCUUUGCAAUUGUAAAUCUUUAACCGUUCUACCUAAAUCGAGUAAACUUGUCAUCGAGAUUGUUAGAAUUCAACGAUUAAGAAGUGCGCGUUUUACUUUACCAUUGUGGGCGAACACUUUUCCGGUACAUUGUGUUAUACGUAUACAUGUGCUUGCGUCCGCGCGCGUGUCUCUCUCUCUCUCUCUCUCUCUCUCUCUCUCUCUCUCUCUCUCUCUCUCUCUCCCCCCCCUAACGUUAUCCAAGUGCCAACUAAAGCAUACGCGAUCGAUAGAUACGUAGGUAAAACGCGCGGAACGUUUGAUCGCGCAACUUAUUUCGAAUACAACGAACCGUUAUCGCCCUGUGAAUGUUUUCAUCGUCUACGCCUUCUACUAUUAAAUACGAUGUAUAGUAUUAAUAGCAUAUAGUUGGUUCGAGUCACUAUGCUGUAACGCGUAAAAAAAUGUGUAUCGAAAGAUCGAUUUAUUUUCGCAACGAAUCUAGAACGAAUAAUUUCGGUACGAUGUGCAAUAAUUACCGAUGAGCAAAGUAAAGAGCAUUUAUUUGAGAAUAUAUAGUCGGUACACGUUGAUUAUUUAUUUGAAUCGAACGAUCAGUUUCAGUCGCAAAGUUCGUCCCUGUUGUUCUUCUCCACCUGAACGAUGGCUUGGCCGACCGCACCAGUGUCGUUGACAACUACUGAAAGAUGAGCAUAACUGCUGUUCAACCAAAUCCAAGUCGAAAUCGUGUACGAAAUCUACUCGGUGCCUAUGCAUGUUUCACGAGCGAGCAACAACUUACGGCAAAAUGGGGUCGAGUUCGAAGUAGCAACGAAGAAUGUUCCACGCUGGGGAUAAUUUAUGGCGUUUAUACCCAUUUCGGUGCAAAUGUUUCUAGUACAAAGUUCCGACCCAACCGCCAUUAGAUUUCGAUACGAUAAAUCCCAAUGAUGCGCCCAAAAUGUACAAUUAUGUUUAACGUCGGAUAUCAACGACUCCGUUAAAUAAACGUACGAACGUCCAUGACUGCA